CUCCACUCUACCAAAUAAGAAGUCACUCUUUUUGUCUACUAUUUUGUCAGAGUUCUCUAGUAGUGACAUCAGAGUGACAGGAGCUGCUGAAGUCUGCAUUGGUGCCUGUCUCUCCACUCUUUGACCACAAAGAAUAGCAGGAGGAACCAUAGAGGAACAAUGUUACGGCGAAAACCUUCCAACGCCUCAGAGAAGGAGCAGGUGCAGAAGAAGAAGGUGAGGAGAUUUGGGUUGUCUGUGUUUGGAUGGGAGGAUUGUGUCUGUGAGUAAUGACGACACAAAGUGCAAUGACGAGGAGAAGCGCUGUCUGAACACUGCAAAAAGGGCUUUGGACUGCAAAAAGUCAUAUUUCUUUUUCAAAAUGAGCAGGGAUCAAGUGAAAGAAGUACACUGUGCAAAAAUAUUUGCUAGAACAUGAUAGAGCAACACAACGUGUCCAUCUUAUUAAUGAAUGAACACAUGAUGGACAGUAAUUUAGAGUGCUACUUUGUCUGGCUCAUCCCAUUGUACUAACUCAAACACUGAUAAUGAGAGGCACGUUAGCCUAUUGCCUGUAUGUGCUGCCUGUAUGUGCAGCAAACACUGACAGGUUUUGCUACACAGACUUAGAAGAAGAAACCAUUGUGGUGACCUGAAAAAAACAUUCUGAAACUUGGAACUGAAAUAGAUGGAAGCCUUAGUUGUCAGGCUUAAAAAUACUAAGUAUUGCUUCUCAUGGCACUAAACGUUAGUUCAUCUAAUAUUGCUGUAUGAUUCAUUGCUACUGGCCAUGGACGUAGCAGCUAAGUUCAGUUUGAGUCAGACUUAGGCAUUUUGUGGCUUCUCGCUCUAAAGCUCUACUGGCUUGGUUGGUUAACAGCUAUUCUCCUACGUUUAACACCAGUGCCCUUGUUUUCCAUCUGCAUGCAUCUUCUAUGCUUCUAUCCAAGUUUCAUCAUUACACAUCUCAUUACCUUAACCUCAUUGCUCCUCACCACCACGACACACAAUAGAUGAGAAAGUUCAAAACUGUAUGCAAAGACUCUAUUGUUCAGGAGCAGAUAUCCUGUAGAGAAAAUAUAUCUGAAACAUGGGCUUCAGUGGGUUUUGAUGCCAGACAAGGCAAAUUAUUUGCUCCUCAGCAAGAUCACCUAAUGGAUAUUAGAUGAUACUAAUGCCUAUCAUAGGAAACUACACUAAAACUCUGUCUUCUCUGAGAAGUUGUUCCUUCUAAUUCAGUGGUUUGAUUAGUGCAACAUUCUCAGUAAGAGACGACACAGACCACUAUUGCCACCAAGGCUGUCUAGACACCUGCAGCGAUUGGCUGCUGACAGUUGCCCAACAUGUACCCACUUUCUGUGGGUUUUUAGAUAGGGGCAAGAAGGAGAGGUGGAUAAGAAAAUAUGCCAUGGUGUCACAUGGAAAGUAAUGGCUGCUUAGGGGAGAGUGAGGUAAGUUGAGCCAAAGGGGUAAGUUGAACAACCGUUGUUUCUGGGAAACAAUACACAAAAUGAAUAAUUUGACCAAAUAUUUAAGAAACCGUCAUCAUUUCAGGGAGUCUGUGAAGGACGAAACCACAUGAAAUAAGGGGUAAGCAAGUUGGGUCCAAAAAACGGAUUUUCAUCAAGUCAAAUUAAUUUAUUGUGUUAGAGGUUUCAUGAUGCUUGUAAGGUGAACCAAUGGCCAUGGGGUAAGUUAAGCCAAUGGCAAGUUGAGCAAAUGUAAGUGUUUUCUUCCCAGGCGUAAUGCAAGGCAUUAUCGCUGGGAUAUGAGGUAACAACAGGGCCUAUGUAAAAAGUGUUUUUAAAAAGUACUAAGUGUUUGUUUGGUGUUAAGAUUCUUUAAAUUAUUAAAAGACAAAAUGCAGGCUCUCCCGAGUGACGCAGCAGUCUAAGGCACUGCAUCGCAUGACUGGACCUUCGCCUCCUGAGUCAGUUGGGGAGUUGCAGCGAUGAGACAAGAUCGAAAUUGGGGAGAAAAAGGGGCUACAUUUUUUAAAAAUUAAAAUAAAUAUGACAAAAAGUGAUUGUAUUGAAUUGUGUUUGAGAAAUAAAGAUAGACAUGGUUUUAAAAAGGUAGUGGUAAUAUUUAAUUCAGUACAGAAAUGUGUAGGCGGCUUAACAUACCCUGUGCCGUGGCUCAACUUGUUAAGUUCUCAUUUUAAUAAACCUGAUGAUUCAGAGUUUGUGUUUUUUACAAAAAAUGUAAAAUAUUUAAUGCAUUGUCAUUACAGUAAGUGCUCAACAGGAGGCCUAAACCAGUACCCAGGCCUAACCCCCCAAAGAGGGGCCACAGUGGCGUUUUGGCUCUUCUUCUCAGCUGUAUCUGAUCGUUUCCUCCUCCUCAAAUCUAACAAAUGUUGCCAAAUGAUGAUAAAUGCUACCAUGUGUUCUCUACUGUAUUUUAGAUAUCAUGCCAAUGUUCUAUCUCCUCCUGGCUCAUUGUCUCUAUCACAACUGUCUCUGCGUAUUUUACUAGAAGAACUCUCUGGGUGCCAAAAUAUCUUUGAUGAAAUGUUGUAGGUUUAAGACCACAUGACUUGAAUGUCGAGAUUAUCUUUUGUUAUGACUCAAAUGUGUAUUUCUCUGGGUCUCCCCUACAUGAAUCCUCUGUGUCCUACCUCUGUCUCCACAGCUCACCCUGCAGAGGUCCAGCAGCUUCAAGGACUUCAUGAAGCCCAAGUCCCCUGUAGUGGUGGACAAGGAGUUCAACUUGGACUACACAGUAAGUUUACAGUGUGACUGACUGGUUUUGAACCCGGGUCUCCAGUAUGCUGUGUUAGCCCUCUGAGCUAAAGCCUAGACAUUAGCUUGGGAAGCUAAUGUAAUUAUUCAGGCCUUAGGCAAGGUUACUCAUCACAUGAGCAUAGUUCACCGAACUACCUCUGUUAAAAACAAAAGCCUCUGCUGUCUUCCAUUGGAAGCCAUAUGUAUUCACAGAAUCCCAUCAUGUUACAGUUUAAUAGCAAAAAUGGAUUAAAGAAACACAGGGUUUGUUUCAAAUUCAAUCUAUUAGUUUACUGAAAUUCUAAAAGUACUUGUUCCUCGACGGAGGACAUACUGGUUAACGGUCAUGCAACAACUGAGUUUCAACCAUACCCACAGUCACACUAAAUUCUAUAAGUCUAUUGAACACAAAGGGCAAACUGACAUCAGUGUUUGAAUCUUUAACAAUAAAGGAAGUUUGCAUUUCAUGCUUCCCAAAAAUUGCCAAAAACAAAAGCUGUCGACAAUCGAUACCAACAAUAGCAGAGUUCUGCACUUCCUCAGUUUCACGUUGAUGACAAUAUAAUCAAACUUGAAUGGAUAGCAUUUAUUUCUCUACUGUAUUUUACAAACAGUAUAACUGGAAGUUAGAAGACAGAGCUAGAAGUUUAGAAGAGGUUUUCAACAAGGACAGGAAGUUCACAGAGGACGAAGCUUAGAGCUGCGUGUAAACCAAACCACAUUGAGAGACAGAAGGACAGAAAUACCAGAGCAGGAUGUCCUCUGUAAAAGCUAGUCAAGCAGAGAACCACUUGCUGCUUUGUCUUCCAGACAGUCUGCUGCUUCACAGUCAGAUCCAUUCACUACAGCUAAUUACCUCUCCAGAAUCAGUGCCAUUAACUGUGAGGGAUUCUCCACCUCCAGAAAUGAUUAAAUAAUGAGAUAUCUGCCUAAGCAAUGUUCCUAUGAUUUUGUUGGUGUUGAUGUAUGUGUGUGUGUGUGCUUGCAUCGAUGCUUUCGUAUGGGUUUUUGCAUUUCUUUUCUGUAUGUAUGUGAUUUAAUCUGCAGUAUGUGUUUGCAGCACUUGUGGUCUGUUGUGCUGAAGAUGGGGCUGUAGGCUUCCAUGUUCACCAUACAGCCAUACUGACACAGCACUGUAGCCCUGUGGGGAGGAGCUAGUAUGACUCACCGCACCAUGCUCUGCUCCUCUCUCUCUCUCUCUCUCUCUCUCUGGGCUUUCUGCCGGUGACACACGCAAACUGUCAUCACAGCCAAGCUUUACUGGAAGCACUCUCACCGACACAGUGUCCCAAUCACUGAUUCACGUCACACACUGCAAUCUGUGUCUGUGUGUGUGAAGGGUGCGCGCAAACCACUCUAGAGCACAUCAUAACACAAGUUACAUUGAUCACUUACAUUUAUGUGUAUAAAAUCAGUUCGGUUAGGUGUAGCCUAGGGCUGUUAUGGUGACCGUAUUACCGCCACACCAGUGGUCACGAGUCAUGAUCGCAGUCAAAUUCCACAUGACCAUCUAGUCACGGUAGAUGGGGCGGCAGGUAGCUUAGUGGUUAAGAGCGUUGUGCCAGUAACCGAAAGGUCGCUGGUUCUAAUCUCCUAGCUGACUAGGUGAAAAAUCAGUCUAUGUGCCCUUGAGCAAGGCACUUAACCCUAAUUGCUCCUGUAAGUCGCUCUGGAUAAGAGCGUCUGCUAAAUGACUAAUUUUUUAAAAAAAAUAUUUACAAAAUAACGGUAACUAGGCUUCUCCAAUGCUAUAUAGGCCUUUUUUUUGCGACUUUUUCAAAUCAUAGUCGCACACCUCAUGUAGCCUAGCCCAUAGGCCUAUAUAUUUUGAUAAGGUUUGUAUCACAACUAAAGUGGCCAAAUAACUUAAAAUUAAGCAGAGCCUGGGGCCUCCCGAGUGGCGCAGUGGUCUAAGGCACUGCGCUGCAGUGCUUGAGGCAUCACUACAGACCUGGGUUCGAACCAAGGCUGUGUCACAACUGGCCAUGACCGGGAGUCCCAUAGGGCGGAACACAAUUGGCCCAGCAUCGUCCAGGAUAGUGGAGGGUUUGGCCGGGGGGGCUUUACUUGGCUCAUCACGCUCUAGCGACUCCGGUGGGCCAGGGCGCCUGCAGGCUGACUUCGGUUGUCAGUUGGGCGGUGUUUCCUCCGACACAUUGUUGCAGCUGGCUUCCGGGUUAAGCGGGCGGGUGUUAAGAAGCGCGGUUUGGCAGGACAUGUUUCGGAGGACGCAAGACUCGACCUUCGCCUAUCCCGAGCGCAUUGGGGAGUUGCAGCGAUGAGACAAGAUCAAAAAGGGGGGUAAAAAAAAAAAAUCACGGGAUUGGCAUCAGCUAAUUAAGCAACCCCCUCGUACCUUAUUGCUUAAUUAGCCAAUGACCGUCACGUGAUCUGGUCCUUCUCACAGGCAUCUCAGCUCCGAAGUAGGCUACAAGUGAAGACCGACACAUCUGGGACGCAACUGUGCGUGUCCUUCUUAUCGAAUUCUGAGGCGCAUAUUGAAUAUGUUAGAAGAACUGUCCACAUUUUACUUUUCGUCAGCCAACAAGAUGAGUAGGCCUAACGAACAGCAAAAGCAUUAGCCAGCCUAUGUCAAUCUACUAUCCCCCAUAGUACAGAAAUGUACCUAUUCUAUUGGUCACCUUGUCUUUCUGUGCGAUAAAUGAAUAUUCCAAACAUACUCUAGGACAGUUGUGGGAUGCAAUAGAUCCCAAUUACUUUGGUUACCAAUGUAAUUAGAACUGUAAAAAUAAAUGUUUUGUCAUACCCGUGGUAUACCACGGCUGUCAGCCAAUCAGUAUUCAGGGCUCGAACCACCCCGUUUAUAAUAAGAAUUGAGAUAUCUUAGAGAGCGUGAGAGGUGCUUCGGAGCACAACGAUUGGCAGCCAGGAGAAGGGAAUUCAAAAAUUAUUAUAUUCAGUCCAAGGACACAAAAGGCAUGGAUUUUUUAGGGGGCAUUACGGCCACACAAGGGGGAUGCCACCAGGAAAUUCGAGGCCUGGUGAGAAUAUUAUCAAGUGCUUGUCAAAUUGUGAAUGAGAGACUGAUGAAGUGUGUGCAGCCUGCACAAGAAACAAAGCAGAGCUCAUGUCUUUCAUGCAACUUUUUUCAAAUCAUCAUUAGAGUAGCAUCAUGCAGCCUUAGAAUGUAUUAAACAUCAAAACAUAUAGCCCAUCAUUUGUAUCACAACUAAAGUUGCAUAAAUAACUCUAAAUUAAUAUAGGAGGGCCUGUUUCUUUGUUAACCGCUCAACACAGAAUAGCCGCCGCAUGUGCGCACUCCCUCAGAGAUUGUUUGGAUAUAAUAUCUAUAAUAUUCUAUUUUAUUCAGCUAUGUGCAAUUGUAUUCUUCAUACUAUAAAAUCUAAGCAAAUCUUGUCUGCUAAAUGAACUAGUGUAGUCCACAAUAUGGCAUAGCCAGAUCAGGGCCUAACAUAAAGAAAACUCAGAGUAUGCUAUUAUGUUGUUCUGAAAGACUACAUUUUCUUCAUGUCACAUUUCUUUAGACUUGUCUGAAAUAAAUAAUGGAUUUAUUGUGAUGGUGUAGGCUAUAUUAAAAUGAUUUAUUAGACUUUGUAAAAUGUAGGCUAGAUGUUCCAAAGGUCUGCAUCAGUGGCUUGUAGGCUAUGCAUAGAAGCCAGGAUAUGCUAAACCUGUUUAUGUUAAUUAACGGUCAAUUACCGAGAGACCGGCAGCUAUUUGCUUGACAAACACCUGCUGACAAAAUUUCAUGACCGCCACAGCCCUAGUUAGGUGACCCUGUGCACUUAAUUUGUGUCUGAGAAGAUGCAUUUCUUGUGUUCCACAUAGAUAAAAACAACGCACAACAACCACAUCUUGCAAAGAUAGGCUUAAGUAAAUGUUGAAAUGGUAACCAAAAUUAACCUUUUAGGUGCCAGAGGAUGUGCCUGUGGAGGAUGCAGUGAAGAGUGGCAGUAAGCAGGGGAAGAAGUCGUGGCGUAACGUCAUCUCACGCACCAUGACCCGCAAAACCUCCAAGACGGUACAGAAGGCCCUGGCAGAGGAGGGGGUAAGUGUAGCGUGAUUUACUACAGUGCCCAUAAUGCUAUCUGGUUUGGUCUUAGCAAAGAUUGUUCCAAAGCUAACAACGUGAUGUCUGUCUCCUUACCAAUAAAUCAUCAUAACUGACAGGUUGUCUAAUAAAAUGGCAAUUAUAUUGUAAACAUCUACAUAAUUUAUGAUUGAACUAAUUUAUGAUUGAACUAAUUUAUAUUCAAAUAAUCAAAUAUAGAUUCAAAUAUAUAUAUAUUUUGGCAUAGAUAUUUAGUUUAACCUUGAAAAUGACAAAGACACUUCAUUUGAGUUGUAAUGGAUAUACAGGUAAUAAAGGAAUCACCAACAUAAAGUGUCUUAAUAGGGCGUUAGGCCACCACGAGCCAGAACAGCUUCAAUGCACCUUGGCAUAGAUUCUACAAGUGUCUGGAACUAUAUUGGAGAGAUGCAACACCAUUCUUCCACAAGAAAUUCCAUAAUUUGGUGUUUUGUUGAUGGUGGUGGAAAACGCUGUCUCGGGCGCCGCUACAGAAUCUUAAUUGGGUUGAGAUCUGGUGACUGAGACGGCCAUGGCAUAUGGUUUACAUCGUUUUUAUACUCAUCAAACCAUUCAGUGACUACUUGUGCUCUGUGGAUGUGGGCAUUGUCAUCCUAUUGGGGCAUAGCCAUGGUAGCCAAAAUGAUGGCCUGCCCAGAAGGUUUAUACAUGACCCUAAGCGUGAUGGGAUGUUGAUUGCUGAAUUAACUCAGGAACCACACCUGUGUGGAAGCACCUGCUUUCAAUAUACAUUGUAUCCCUCAUUUACUCAAGUGUUUCCAUUAUUUUGGCAGUUACCUGUGUUUUAAAUACUGUGCUCCUUUGCAUGAAAAUCUUCAAAAGGUUGAUAGUGCCUCCCCCUAGUGGUCACAUUAAAAAAGCAUCCAAACAAAGGCUUUCACAGCCUUAACUCAUUCUAGCAUACAAGGCUCAGUGGUGUAAAGUACUUAAUUAAAAAUACUUUAAAGUACUACUUAAGUAGUUUUUCUGGGUAUCUCCACUUUACUAUUUAUAUUUUUGACAACUUUUACUUUUUACUCCAUACCUUUUUCCUGACACCCAAAAGUAAUCGUUACAUUUUGAAUGCUUAGCCGGACAGGAAAAUUAUCCAAUUCACUCACUUUUUAGAAGAGAACACGUGGUCAUCCCUACUGCCUCUAAUCUGGCGGACUCACUAAACACAAAUGCAUCUUUUGUAAAUGACAUCUGAGUGUUGGAGUGUGCCCAGGGCUAAUUUUCAAAACAAGAAAAUGGUGCCAUCUGUUUUUCCUCAAGUAUAUUUUAGCACUUACAUUUUACUUUUGAUAGUUAAGUAUAUUUGGAACCAAAUACUUUUAGACUUUUACUCAAGUAGUAUUUUACUGGGUGACUUUCACUUUUACUUGAGUCAUUUUCUAUUAAGGUAUCUUUACUUUUACUCAAGUAUGACAAUUGGGUACUUUUUCCCACCACUGACAAGGCUACACUACAGCACAGUAUACUUUCGAGUGACUUUUGUAUUGUGAGGUCCCCAGACAGCUGUCUGUGGGUGUACGUUAGCCCCAUGCUAGGGCCAAGAGAUAUAAACAAAAUAUAUGUAUAUACAACACACUUCACCUAUCCAUUUUUUUUGUAUAAUUAAUAUAUGUCUAUGGUUAGGGCAUAUUUUGACCUGAAGGCUCUGUCUGUUGUUGAACACUAAAUAAUAUCCUCUAUGUAUACAGGGGGAGAGUGGUGAGGAGGGCUCCCUGUCCCCCACCACAGACUGGAUGCAAGGUCUGACAGCAGGCAAUAGGACCUCCGUGUGCUCCAAUGGCUCCGAGGACACCGUCCACAGCCCCGUCUCUCGCCAGCUCUCUGGGUGUAAGUUAAGAUAUAUUUUAUUGAACCUAUCUAACCAAGCCAAGUACAUAAAGGUAACCCUCACUACAUUCAAGUCAGAAGCCCAUAGUAGAUAUGCGUUCUUAUCAUAGAAAUGCCCAGGGUUGCUGGGCACUCCCAUAACUAAUCAUGGCACAGCCACAAGGUUGGGAACAUUGGAAUAGGUAUGGAUAUAAACUUUAAAUAUGGUUCAGCUCCCUAUUGUUACGGAAACCCUUUAUGAGACUAAAUGGCUAUAAGCUGACAAUGCCUGUGAAUAACUGUGAUAGCCAGUGAGUGCCUGUGAAUGCCUGUGAUUUCCAGUGAUUGUCUGACUAUGGGUGUUGUGUAUUAAAACAGGUGGGGACCGCCAGAGCCUGGACAGUGGCUACAGCCAGAGAAACAGCAUGAGGCUGGAGGAGUCCGGUCCUCCCUACGAAGGCCCCUUCUGUGGUCGCGCCCGCGUCCACACAGACUUCAUCCCCAGCCCCUAUGACAUAGAGUCCCUCAAGCUCCAAGUAAGUAACCUGGUUUAACCAGAUUGACGGUGCACUUAGCAUUCAGACUGGUUUAACCAGGCUACCAAGUAAGGCCCUCCUUAAAGAACUUGUUAAUAGAUUGUGAAAUAAAAGAAUGGUUCCUUAGUCAUCAUCCAUGGCUGAAUAGGGGCCAAUUGUACUGAGCGCUGACCAGAUUAGACAUGUAACAUAAUUACAGUAGCUAUUAUUAGUAGCUCAGUGAAGUAUAGAAUUACACAGACCCACAUAUAGUAUUUAACUGGAAUGCAGAUAAUGUUUGGAUCGAGGUAGUCAUCCACUGUUUAUCCUGCAGAAAGGUGACAGAACCACUUCACAUAAUACUACAAAAUGUACAGUGCCUUCAGAAAGUAUUCAUACCCCUUGACUUAUUCCACAUUUUGUUGUGUUGCAGCCUGAAUUCAAAAUGGAUUAAAUAUGUUUUGUUCUCACCAAUCUACACUCAAUACCCUAUACUGACAAAGUAAAAACAUGUUUUUAGGAAUUUCUGCAAAUUUAUUGAAAAUGAAAUACAUAUACAGUGGGGAGAACAAGUAUUUGAUACACUGCCGAUUUUGCAGGUUUUCCUACUUACAAAGCAUGUAGAGGUCUGUAAUUUUUAUCACAGGUACACUUCAACUGUGAGAGACGGAAUGUAAAACAAAAAUCUGAAAAAUCACAUUGUAUGAUUUUUAAGAAAAUAAUUUGCAUUUUAUUGCAUGACGUAAGUAUUUGAUACAUCAGAAAAGCAGAACUUAAUAUUUGGUACAGAAACCUUUGUUUGCAAUUACAGAGAUCAUACGUUUCCUGUAGGUCUUGACCAGGUUUGCACACACUGGAGCAGGGAUUUUGGCCCACUCCUCCAUACAGAUCUUCUCCAGAUCCUUCAGGUUUCGGGGCUGUCGCUGGGCAAUACAGACUUUCAGCUCCCUCCAAAGAUUUUCUAUUGGGUUCAGGUCUGGAGACUGGCUAGGCCACUCCAGGACCUUGAGAUUCUUCUUACGGAGCCACUCCUUAGUUGCCCUGGCUGUGUGUUUCGGGUCGUUGUCAUGCUGGAAGACCCAGCCACGACCCAUCUUCAAUGCUCUUACUGAGGGAAGGAGGUUGUUGGCCAAGAUCUCGCGAUACAUGGCCCCAUCCAUCUUCCCCUCAAUACGGUGCAGUCAUCCUGUCCCCUUAGCAGAAAACCAUCCCCAAAGAAUGAUGUUUCCACCUCCAUGCUUCACGGUUGGGAUGGUGUUCUUGGGGUUGUACUCAUCCUUCUUCUUCCUCCAAACACGGCGAGUUGAGUUUAGACCAAAAAGCUCUAUUUUUGUCUCAUCAGACCACAUGACCUUCUCCCAUUCCUCCUCUGGAUCAUCCAGAUGGUCAUUGGCAAACUUCAGACGGGCCUGGACAUGCGCUGGCUUGAGCAGGGGGACCUUGCGUGCGCUGCAGGAUUUGAAUCCAUGACGGCGUAGUGUGUUACUAAUGGUUUUCUUUGAGACUGUGGUCCCAGCUCUCUUCAGGUCAUUGACCAGGUCCUGCCGUGUAGUUCUGGGCUGAUCCCUCACCUUCCACAUGAUCAUUGAUGCCCCACGAGGUGAGAUCUUGCAUGGAGCCCCAGACCGAGGGUGAUUGACCGUCAUCUUGAACUUCUUCUAUUUUCUAAUAAUUGCGCCAACAGUUGUUGCCUUCUCACCAAGCUGCUUGCCUAUUGUCCUGUAGCCCAUCCCAGCCUUGUGCAGGUCUACAAUUUGAUCCCUGAUGUCCUUACACAGCUCUCUGGUCUUGGCCAUUGUGGAGAGGUUGGAGUCUGUUUGAUUGAAUGUGUGGACAGGUGUCUUUUAUACAGGUAACGAGUUCAACAGGUGCAGUUAAUACAGGUAAUGAGUAGAGAACAGGAGGGCUUCUUAAAGAAAAACUAACAGGUCUGUGAGAGCCGGAAUUCUUACUGGUUGGUAGGUGAUCAAAUACUUGUAAAUUAAUUACUUAAAAAUCAUACAAUGUGAUUUUCUGGAUUUUUGUUUUAGAUUCCAUCUCCCACAGUUGAAGUGUACCUAUGAUAAAAAUUACAGACCUCUACAUGCUUUGUAAGUAGGAAAACCUGCAAAAUCAGCAGUGUAUCAAAUACUUGUUCUCCCCACUGUAUGUCUAAUUUAUAUAAGUAUUCACACCCCUGAGUCAAUACUUUGUAGAAGCGCCUUUGGUGACGAUUUCAGCUUUGAGACGUCUUGGGUAUGUCUGUGUCAGCUUUGCACAUCUGGAUUCAGGGAUUUUCUCCCAUUCUUCCUUGCAGAUUUUCUCAAGCUCUGUUAAAGGUGCACUAUGUAGAAAUCACUCCGCCAUUUCCUGGUUGCUAAAAUGCUAAUAGUUCGGCUAAUCACAUUUACGUAAGUAUUCACACCCCUUUGCUAUGACACUCCAAAUUGAGCUCAGGGGCAUCCAAUUGCCUUUGAUCAUCCUUGAGACGUCGCUACAACUUGAUUGGAGUCCACUUGUGGCCAAUUCAGUUGUUUGGACAUGAUUUCGAAAGAAACACACCUGUCUAUAUAAGGUCCCACAGUUGACAGUGCAUGUCAGAGCAGAAACUAUACCAUGAAGUCCAAGAACUGUCCGUAGAUCUCCGAGAUAGAAUUGUGAUGAGGCAAAUAUCUGGGUAAGGGUAUAAAACAAUUUCUAGAGUGUUGAAAGUUUCCAAGAGCACAGUGGUCUCCAUCAUUGGGAUAUUGAAAACAAAUAUUGAACUACCCAGCCUAGAGCUGGCCGUCCGACCUAACUGAGCUACCGGGCAAGAAGGACCUUGGUCAGGGAGGUGACCAAGAACCCAUGACCACUCUGACAGAACUUGGCUGAGAUGGGAGAACUUGCCAGAAGGACAACAGUCUCUACACCACUUCACCAAUCUGGGCUUUAUGGGAGAGUGGCCAGACGGAAGACACCCCUGAGAAAAAGGCACAUGACGGCACGUGAACUCUUUGGCCUGAAUGUAAAGUGCUAUGUCUGAAGAAAACCAGGCACAACCACACCCGUCUAACACCAUCCCUACCGUGAAGCAUAGUGGUGGCAACAUCAUGCUAUGGGGAUGCUUUUCAGUUGCAGGGACUGGGAUACUGGUAAGGAUAUAGGGAACAAUGAAUGGAGCUAAAUACAGGCAAGUCCUUGAUGAGAACCUGCUUCCGAGUGCAAAUGACCUUAGACUGGGGGCGAAGAUUUACGUUCCAACAGGACAAUGACCCCAAGUAUACUGCCAAAGCAAUGCUGGAAUGGCUUCAGAACAAGAAUGUGAAAGUCCUUGAGUGGCCCAGACAAAGCCCAGACUUGAAUCCCAUUUGAAAUCUAUGGAAAGACUUUUGUACACCAGCUUAUGGUUAUGGAAAAUAUAUUUCACAGCGGUUUAGAUGGUACAAUGAUUCUCUACACUAUACUUGCUUGCUUGUUAUGUCACAUAAACUGAAAUUAGCCGUACUAUUAGCAUUUUAGCAACCAUGAAAUGACGGUGCAAUUUCUGCAUAGUGCACAUUUAACAGAGCUUGAAAAAAUCUGCAAGGAAGAAUGGGAGAAAAUCCCCAAAUCCAGAUGUGCAAAGCUGAUACAGACAUACCCAAGACGACUCAAAGCUGUAAUCGCCACCAAAGGCGCUUCUACAAAGUAUUGACUCAGGGGUGUGAAUACUUAUGUAAAUUAGAUGUUUGUAUUUCAUUUUCAAUGAAUUUGCAAAAUAAUCUAAACAUAUUUUCACUUUGUCAUUAUGGGAUAUUGUGUGUAGACGGGUGAGAUAUUUAAAAAAAAAAUGUAAUCCAUUAUUUAAUUCAGGCUGCAACACAACAAAAUGUGGAAUAAGUCAAAUGGUAUGAAUACUUUCUCAAGGAACUGUAUGUGGUCACAUUGUAUUAUAUAACUGGGAAGCAGAUUGGAUCUAGUUUGAAUCGAGGUAGUCAUCAUCCACUGUUUCUCCUGCAGAAAGGUGACAUCAUCCAUAUCAUUGAGAAGGACCCGGUCGGCACAUGGACAGGGAAGCUCAACAACAAGGUGGGCACCUUCAAGUUCAUCUAUGUCAACAUCUUACCGGACCAGGCCACGCCGCCCAUGAGGAAAAGGUGCUCCAACAAGAACCGCUUCUCCAAGGCCAAAAACAAGCCCCAGACCCUGGAGGAAGUUCUGGAGAGGAUCGGUCUCACCGUAAGACAAUCAUAUCUUCUUAAUCUCAUACAGAUUCAAAUAGACAAUUGGCUUCGAGAACGCAAUCAAAGAGCAAUCAUUAUUAACUUAGAUCAGUUCAGAGUUGGAAAAAGUUUAAACACAGAGUGCUGCAUAAAGACAGUGAAAUUGGAUAAGUAUUUGACAAUGCAUCUCAUAUAAUUGCAUUGCAUUCGUAGCUUUCAGAAGUCCCUGUCAAAUGAUGAACAUUUAUUUUUGGAUUAUUGUGCAAUGCUAAUGUGAUGCUUCUCUCUGUUGUUCAGGAGCUGGGCUCUUUGCUGUCUAUGCAUGGCUUCCAGAGCCUGGAGGACUUUGGCGGGCUGAAGGAGUCCCACCUCAACGAACUUAACAUCACAGAUGCUGAGCAACGUACCAAGAUCCUGACUGCUACUGAGCUGCUGCGUGACUGUAGGUCCACUCUCAAUUCCAUAUAAUAACAUACUAGAUCACACACGAAACACACUAUAGGGAGCCCAUGAUCACAUAAUAAUCAUAGAAAAACUAAGCACACAGAUGCCAUGCUUUACUACAGGUAGAUGAUGCCAUAAUGUACCUGUAAGCUAUCACCCCAUUGUAUGUAUUCAUUUCUCUUUUUACAUGGGAGCCUCCCUCAUAGCCUCCUAUGUGGUACUUCAAGAUGUAAUGUAAUGCAGGACAUUUUCAGCAAAGCCUAUAAGUGUAUGCUUUUCUCUAUACAGUGCCAUCUUCAGCUUUCUCUCCUUUCUUGGAAAGUAUCCUUUCCGGGAAUAUUGUUACCUAAUUAGCUUCAUUUUAUGAGGCAAACUGUACAGUAAUGGUACAACAUUCCACUCACAUGUUCCUGCUGUGCUCAUUGGCCUGUAGGAAACCUCAUUUGACCCUCAGAAACACUUUGAUAUGGGAGCUCUCUUCCCUCCAGCCAGAUCAUUAGCCCUCUUUUAAACACAUGUCCUCUAGCUGUUUCCUCUGUUCUGAACAUAACUGCUUGGUUGGCCGUUAGCCUGAGGGGCUAGCAGCUUCAACGUGCUUCCCUGUUUUAAUUACAUACACUAUAACUGGGAUUCAAACGAACCACAUUGCGCUGACGUCGCACUGCACUUGACUUUAAAGGCAAUUUCCCUGACAUUAGAGGCACAUACACAUAAUAAUGACAUUUGUACCAACACUGAAAUUGAUGGGAUCGUUAUUUACGCUGUAUUGAUGCUCAUGAUUGUUUUGUCUUUGUCCCCGUCAGCGGAUGAUGAGUCUGAGCCAGAGGAGGAGGGAAGUAGCGCUGAGGAGAAGGGUGACGUACCCAGGGACUCGGGCUGCUUCGAGAGCACAGAGAACAUGGAGAACGGGCGCCAUGAACCAGAGGGAGAGCCUGGUACGGAGCAGAAGUCUAACCAGGAGCCAGAGCAGCAACAGAGCGAGGAGGAGCAGCUGAGUUCUGUUGAGGAGCAACUGCAGGAGCUUACAGUGGAUGAGGAGGUCUCCUGAGCGCUGAAGAGAAGAGAAGCUCUGGAAUUGAAGAUAACCUUGGUUGGUUGACUUUACUAACGGACAUUUAUCAAAAGUCAACGACAAUUGGUUGAUUUAUUCAAACCAUCAGAAUAGAGCGAUAAAGUCAGGAUUAAGCCACAUAUACUGCGAGGGAGUGUCUUUUCAUUUGUGGCCCCCACACUUUUGAAACAAAGGGCCAUAGGGACUGCAACCAUAGCAUGCGCUCCACCAGUAACUACUAAAAAAUUUUUGGAAGAAUGCAAGACCUUUUGAAAGUAUCUAUUUUUUGUUGAAAGCUGUAAAUACAAAUUGAUUGUGCAAGUGUCGUCCUUUUCCUUGAUACCAUGUCAUUUGAGCAGUUCUGAGUGGAUUCUGUAUAUACUGAGAGCAUUCAUAUCAUCUUUCCAGGGUACUGUUAAGACCUUAGUAAGGACAUACAAACUUUAAUAUUCUUCAGUGUGUUUUGGACCUGAUAUGGUCACGUAUUUCCAUCAAUGAACAGGUAAGAAACAUGACUUUCCUGUGACUUUUAAAUCCUUUAUUCUGUCAUGUUUAAUCUAUAAUUUUUGAACAUUUGAGGUAUUUUAAUUUGAAAUGUUUUGAGUUUUCAAUAUGUAAUGCUUUUGCAUGCAUGUUUUUUUUUCAACCGUUAUUUUAGAAAUAGACAACCAAUUAUUGAAUAUGACCUAUGAAUGAAUGUUUAUAUAUUAUGUGGACUGUAUAUAACUUUUAGACAUUUGACAGCACCAAAGCCAUAUCUCAUGUGUUCAGAGUUUUCAUUGUAUAUUCGUUUUUACCUUUUUGUUGUGUUGAUCAAAGUUAACAUCUAUAUGUCUGUCAUAG